AUGGUCCAUCUUGAUCCGGAUUCACAGGACUUUAUCGUUGACAUGCAACACCCAGGGCCUGCACAAGAUGUGAUCAACAGAAAAUUCAAUUCGAAGAGCCUUGCCGCGAUUAACAAGCUCGGUGGCCCGAGCGGGAUCGACAGGGCUCUGCGCAAGAGUAACGGGACAGAUCUGAGUCCAGGUGGAUGUCAGAUAGAUGGGGAUAUGGCUCCUCCAUGGAAUAGGACUAUGGGUUUGUACGAGCACUAUCAGAGCCGUCCCACAGACCGAAACCGGUUGUACGAGGACAGCAGAGUACCCAGAAAGAAUGGCGGGAGCUUCUUGAAGUUCUUGUUGAUCACGUGCAAUGACAAGGCCUUGAUACUGCUGACCAUUGCCGUGAUGAUUUCGCUAGGCAUUGCACUGUACCAAAAGCUCACUGGAAAACACCCGGUCGCGGAUAUAUCGACAACUUGGAUCGAGAGCGUGUCCAUCAUAGUAGCCGUGACUGUGGUAGUUCUCGUUGGUGCAGUGAACGACUGGCAAAAGGAGCGACAGUUCUCGAGGGACAAGAGCGUCAAAGUCACCCGUGCCGGAAGGAUGAUCAAAAUCUCAGCUCUCAACAUUCUCGAAGGCGAAAUUCUUCAUAUCAAACAAGCAGAUGUGGUCCCUGUCAGUGGCUUGCUGAUUCAAGGGAAAGACGUCAGUUGUGACGAAUCCCAAGCGAUGGGUGGCGUAGAUGUCCGAAAAGUGCCCACGGAAAUGGUCCUUACUGAGGAAAAGGCAGCAGCGGAAGAUUCAUUUGUUGAAUCGGGUACUCGCGUCACUAAGGGCGAAGGCACUCUUCUGUGCACUGAGAUGGGGGUUCACUCAAGUUACGGCAAGACUUUAAUCUCGCUCAAUGAGGAUCGCGAGCUCACACCCCUCCAGUCGAAGCUCAAUAACAUUGCCGAGAGGAUUGCCAAACUCGGUGGCACAGUUGGUCUGGUUCUCUUCAUCAUCCUGCUUGUCAGGUUCUGCACCAAACUCCCACAGAAUACGGCCACAGCAUCUACUAAGGGCCGGGAGCUAUUGGACAUCCUAAUUGUUGUCUCGUGGCUGUUCCGGGGUGGGUUGCCGCUCGCGCUCACGCUUUCUUUCGCUUUUGCUACCACACGUAUGUUGAAAAAAAACAUUCUUGUUCGUCAUCUAAAGGCGUGCGAAGCCAUGGGGAACGUGACGACAAUUUGCUCGGACAAGACCGAUACGCUUACUCAAAACAAGACGGCCGUGGUAGCAGGUGUCGUUGGUACUCAGCGUCGCUUUAAAGGCUUCCCAGGGGCAGCUACUGGGAAAGCAGCCCAGGAGUGCACACCCCAGGAGCUCGCUUCCGGACUUGCCAAAGAUACUCAAGAUCUUCUGCUGAAGUCUAUCGCGCUCAACUCGACGGCUUCUGACGGUAACGUGAAUGGGGUCUAUACCUUCAUUGGAUCGAAGAUUGACAAAGCACUUAUUAUGUUCGCACGAGAAUUUCUCGCCAUGGGCUCUGUCAGUGAAGAGCGCGCCAACGUCAAGAUUCUGCAGCAUAUUCCUUUCGACUCUAGUCGGAUGUGUAUGGAUGUAGUCACGCAGCUAGAAUACGGGAAGGCACGCCUGUACGUCAAGGGCGCGUCAGAGAUUAUACUCAGCAAAUGCACCCAGCUGCUUAAGCGCCCAGACCAAGAUAUCAGCAACGGUCCCAUUCAAGCCUGUGACGAGGACGGAAUCAAUAGGCUGAUUGAGGAAUAUUGCUCACAUUCUCUGAAAACGAUUGUCCUCGCAUACCGCGAUUUCGAGAGUUGGCCUCCGCAAGCGGCCCGACGAAGUGAGGACAACAAGAGUGAAGCUCUGUUCGAAGAUGUGUUCAAGAACAUGUGCUUCAUUGGACUCGUUGGAAUCCAGGAUCCCUUACGACCCGGCGUUCCCGAGGCUGUAAGAGAAUGCCAAAGCGCUGGUGUGGUCGUACGUAUGAUUACUGGUGACAAUAAGCUAACCGCUGGCGCUAUUGCCAAGCAGUGUGGCAUUCUUCACGACGAGGGCAUUAUGAUGGAAGGCACAGAGUUCCGGAAACUUGACAAGGACCAACAGAACGAAAUCAUUCCCCGCCUGCAUGUUCUCGCACGGUCGAGCCCCGAAGACAAGCGGAUCCUGGUGCGGCGCCUCGAAGACCUUGGUAAGACUGUUGCUGUCACUGGUUAUGUAACCAAUGAUGCGCCUGCGCUAGAACCAGCCGAUGUUGGUCUCUCCAUGGGUAUUGCUGGCACCGACAUAGCCAAGCAAGCUUCUUCCAUCAUGCUUAUGGAUGACAAUUUUACCAGCAUUGUCAAGGCUCUAAAGUGGAGUAGAGCAGUCAAGGACGCGGUCAAGCGCUUUCUUCAAUUCCACCUCACUAUUACUAUCGUUGUCGCCGUCCUCGUAUUCUCUACUGCCGUGGUCAGCGCUCGCCAGCAAUCUUUGUUCACCGCUGUGCAACUCCUCUGGCUCAAGCUGAUCAUGGACACGCUCGCCGCUCUUGCGCUUGCAACAGGCCCCCCUCAGAAAAGUGUACUUGAUCGUAGCCCUGAUAGGAGGGAUUCUGGGAUUAUUUCUCCAGCCAUGUGGAAUAUGAUUAUCGGUCAAGCCAUAUACCAGCUGGCUGUUACAUUCGCGCUCUACUACACUGCGACACAACUUGCGAUAGCUGAAGAACAGGAAUAUAUGCAGGCCAUCGUGUUUAACACUUUCGUGUGGAUGCAAAUUUUCAAUUUGUGGAACAAUCGGCGAUCCGACGAUAAAUUGAAUAUCUUCGAGGGUCUGACGAGGCACUGGUUCUUUAUUGGAAUAAACAUCAUUCUAUGCGGAGGUCAGGUACUCAUCAUAUUCUUCGGUGGCACUCCCUUCUCCAUUUCGACUGCCUCUGAACGCCGACCUCCCCAGAGCGGUCUACAGUGGAGCAUCGCUCCAUUCUGGGUGGUUUGCAGACCGUCAGCAGUAGAGCGCCACAUCUUGGCUAAUUAUGGCAUCAAGUGGUGGCAUGAGCAAGUGGCUGAUGAUGUAGUGGUCUGGUCACGUAGCAGGCUGUGA